AUGGAGCCCCGAGUCGGCGUUGGAGUGUUUGUUAUUAAUCCUGAAGGGAAGUUUGUGAUAGGUAAAAGGCAAGGCAGCCACGGCGCAGGGACCUGGGCACUCCCAGGUGGUCAUCUCGAGUUCAAUGAAACCUUUGAAGCAUGCGCAGAGCGUGAGCUCUUGGAAGAGACAGGACUUUCCGUCCAGAACCUGGAGUUCUUGACCGCCACCAACAACAUCAUGCUUCCGGAAAAUAAGCACUAUGUCACUGUUUUCAUGAAAGGUGCGGUCACCGACAGCUCGGCCCAGCCGCAGCUCUUGGAGCCAGAAAAGUGCACAGAGUGGCAGUGGGUUUCAUGGGACGAGCUUCUGGAGGAGGGAAAAGCACAAAUCGCAGAUGGCCCAGCAUACCAAGGACGAAAACUGUUCUCACCGAUCGUCGAGUUGUUUAAGCAACGACCCAAUGUCCGCAUUUGA